AUGGAAAGCAUUGAUGGUGGGAAACUCUUUUCCCAUGCCUACCUAAUGGAUUUAGAUGCUUGUAUCAAAACGUUACGCUACUGUGCAGGCUGGGCUGAUAAAAUCCAUGGGCGUACUGUUCCUAUGGAUGGAAACUUUUUUACAUUUACAAGACAUGAGCCUAUUGGUGUGUGUGGCCAAAUUAUUCCUUGGAACUUCCCUUUGCUUAUGUUCAUGUGGAAGAUCGCCGUUGCUCUUUGUUGUGGAAACACGGUGGUCAUCAAACCAGCAGAACAAACUCCACUGACUGCCCUUUACAUGGGAUCUUUAAUUAAAGAGGCAGGAUUUCCACCUGGAGUUGUCAACAUUGUGCCAGGAUUUGGACCCACCGCUGGAGCAGCAAUUUCUCACCACAUGGAUAUAGAUAAAGUAGCUUUCACAGGCUCUACAGAGGUUGGCAAACUGAUUAAAGAAGCAGCAGGGAAGAGCAAUCUGAAGAGAGUUACAUUGGAACUUGGAGGAAAAAGUCCUAACAUUAUAUUUGCAGAUGCAGACUUGGACACUGCUGUGGAAUUUGCACAUAUUGGUCUGUUCUACCACCAGGGACAGUGUUGUAUAGCAGGAUCUAGGAUUUUUGUAGAAGAGCCUAUUUAUGAUGAGUUUGUUAGACGGAGCAUUGAACGAGCAAAGAAGUAUACUCUUGGGAAUCCUCUAUUGCCUGGUGUACAGCAAGGCCCUCAGAUUGAUAAAGAGCAGUUUAAAAAAAUCCUGGACCUAAUUGAAAGUGGGAAAAAAGAAGGAGCCAAACUGGAAUGUGGAGGAGGUCCAUGGGGAGAAAAGGGUUACUUCAUCCAGCCCACAGUUUUUUCUAAUGUUACAGAUAAUAUGCGCAUCGCCAAAGAAGAGAUAUUUGGACCUGUUCAACAAAUCAUGAAGUUUAAAACUGUAGAUGAGGUUAUCAGGAGAGCAAAUAAUACUACCUAUGGUUUAGCAGCAGCAGUUUUUACCAAAGACAUUGACAAAGCACUGACGUUUGCAUCUGCCCUUCAGGCUGGAACAGUAUGGUAA